GGAGACGCUGGGCUCCCGGCGGAUGCUGUGAGAAUCGGCGCCGUUGUCUGCGGUCGUUUUUGUGUAGCUGAAGGGCGUGUUUCUGCCCCACUGCUCUGCAGACCCAGCAGAGGAAUCGCCUGUAUCCCAGGAUUGCUACCCGCUGCCUGACAUCUCAAGAGGCUGGGAUGGAGGAGGAGGCCCGGUGCUUCCUGAGGAGGUUUGUAGAGGAAUUCCCCGCUGCUCUGAAGGCAGACGAUCCCCUGCCGGUAGGCCUCUUGAGUCGUAAAGUCUCUUUGGAGGAGCUGCAUGGAGAGAGCCUGGAACUGGGCCAGAGGCUGCUGGCUGCUCGGGAUGCUCCUCCAGGCCUUAGGUUCCUCCUGUGCCAAGCAGCCAUCGCCCAGCUUCUAAAGGAUGACUUGUUACGGUUUCAGAGUCCUCAGGAAGCAAACCUGGAAGAGGAGGAGAAAGUGGUCUUACUUGAGUCAGAGGCAGUGCAGCGGCUCUUCUUCAACAAGCUGAUCAGCGUGGCACUGAGCUGGAGUCAGGAGCUCCCCCAGUUCCCCCCGCCGCCUUCUCAGAGCUUUCAGUGCUCUGUUCAUGCCAUCAAGAACACCAGAAGGAAGAUGGAGGACAAACAUGUGGCGCUGGCUGAAUUUAACCAGCUCUUUGGGAUCCAGGACGGAGUGGAGCGUGCCUACUACGCUGUGUUUGAUGGACAUGGAGGGGUGGAUGCUGCCACUUUCGCUGCCACUCACCUCCACGUCGCCCUCAGCCACCAGGAGGCGCUGCAGAGUGACGCUGCCACGGCCUUUAAAGCUGCCUUCAAGAGCACAGACGACAUGUUUAGACACAAAGCCAAGAGAGAGCGUCUGCGGAGUGGGAGCACUGGAGUGGCCGUGCUGAUCCACGGUCAGCAGCUGACGGUGGCCUGGCUCGGAGACUCUCAGGCCAUGUUGGUCAGAAGAGGAGAGGUUGUUACCCUCAUGGACCCCCACAAACCGGACAGAGAGGAUGAGAAACAGAGGAUAGAAGAUCUCGGAGGCUGCAUCACCUACAUGGGUUGCUGGCGAGUUAACGGCACCUACGCCGUCUCCAGAGCCAUCGGUGAUUUUGACCAGAAACCAUAUGUGUCGGGGGACGCUGAUUCUUCCACCGUCCAGCUGCUAGGGGACGAGGACUACGUGCUCCUGGCGUGUGACGGUUUCUUCGAUGCUGUUAAACCCUCCGAGGUCCCAGAUCUGGUUAUGGAUGCGCUCCGGGGGACGGGUGACCCUGAAGGGGCAGAAGAUCUUUUAGCAGAAUGUGCUGAAGCUGAUGUGGGACACAGGGUCGCACAGAGGUUGGUAUGUCACGCCAAGGCGGAAGGGUCCAGCGAUAACAUCACAGUUAUGGUGGUGUUCCUGCGUCCGUCUGGGCAGCUGCUGGCUGCAGCUGGACCAGAGUCUCCACCUGCUUGACACGCUGGACUCGGAUGGUAAUAUAUGAGUAAGGAGGACAAAACCGCUUCAGCUCUACUCAGGACAAACACAAACCCCAUUUAAGAGCCACCCUAACCCAAAAAGCAACCUGCUAGGAAUGAAAACUCUGCUGGACAGGUGCAUUGCUGGGUAUUAAACUGGGCGUAGAAAUCACCAAAAUCCAGUGUUAAACAAGCUAAUGGAUCUCAGAGCAUAUGCAGCUGGCACGUUGAAAAACAGGUGCUGUGGGGGUUAAAUUAUUGCCAUUAUUGAAAAUCUUUGUAAUUUUUUUUACCCCACCAUUAAUGUGACAUGUACCCUGUAACAUUCAACAGGAAAAGUAAGACAUGUUGAGGAGAAAUGUUAGAAAAGGAGAGUAAUACAAGAAACUACCUUUUACCUAUUUUAAUCAUCUUUAUUCUUAGUACUAACUUUACAUUCAAAUAAAUAAUUGUACAUUGGCUGCUGGAAAGACUCCAAAGAUGAGCUGGAAUCUGGUCAUGUGCAGCUGGCACUGAAUUAUUUUAGUUUUUCUGUUGGAUUAUAAAAGUUUUAUGUCACAUUAAAGGGGCAAACAUCUUCCAAUCAUUCAUCAUGGUCGCAUGGGGUGUUAAACUUUCAGAACCACAUUUAUUAACUUUGCCUUAUGGUGUGUAUGGAGGGGUACGGGUUGGCUUGAAGGCAAACAUCAGAUAACUGUUACCAUGAUGAUAAAAAGUCGCUCACAUUUCUCUGUUUAAGGCUUCAGUCACACAAACGGGAAGCUUUCCACUGUCAGAGCUUACACACAUCAUGCUCCCUCUGGGACUUUCCACAUGUGCUGUCUCAGUGCCACAAACAUGGGGACAUCAAGCCUAAAUAUUUAAUUUGGUGUCAUCACAAAUACUGGCAAAUAAUGUUUGGCCUUGAUAGACCUGUCUACCGACAUG